AACCUUCCCGUAAACAUCACCCAACUGGAUUUGAGUUACAACUCCAUAACAAUUCUAUAUAACGGGGAUUUUAAACAUUUGAAUCGACUUCAAAUUCUAUAUCUCGGUGAAAACCCUCUCACAGCUAUACAGAGUUCAGCUUUUGAAGGUUUAUUGAGUCUACAGUCGUUAUAUCUGAAUUUUUCUUUUUCUGGACUUAGCAAUCUGAACUACUCAAUCCGUGGUUUGGAGAAUCUCGAAACGCUGGACUUAAGUGUAAAUAAACUAAAUCUGUUGAAUUCAGAUUUCUUCCAAGAUUUUCCCAACUUGAAAACUCUAAGACUGUCAAGAUGUCUUUUAGACAAUAACUUUAUGUUUCAGCACGGGAAAAGGCUUUUUACCCCACUAACAAGACUGAAUUUUCUAGAUCUUUCUCAAAAUGAUUUGGUGCUUUUGUCAGAUGACAUAUUUGAGCCACUUCCUAAUAUAGUGGAAAUUAUUUUAACAUACAACAAGCUGAUCCGAAUCCCGGACGUGAGUUCAUUGAAUCAUCUACAGAACUUAUAUUUC